CAGAAGCGGGCAGUACCCCACUUCUCCCCUACAACAUCUCUCCUGGCUGUUGUAAGCUAGGGUUGCCUCGCCCCAGAUCGAGACGUCAGCAGCUGGCUCCCCUGGGACCAGGGUUCCUGCACCUUCCAGGGACCAUGCAUCAGUCCUAUUGACCCAGGACUAGGGAUCUGUGGGCAGGGCACCUGGAAUGGGCUGUGUGUUUUGCAAGAAGUUAGAGCCUGCAUCCAAGGAGGAUGUUGGCGUGGAAGGGGACUUCAGGAACCAAGGGGCUGAAGAACGCUAUUACCCUGACCCCACUCAAGGCCACGGCCGGUCGCAGCCCUUCUCUCCUCAGCCCACCAGCCCAGCUUUCCUUAAUGUUGGCAACAUGAGGAACAUCUCAGGGACUGGAGUGACCACGUUCGUCGCCCUGUAUGACUAUGAGGCCAGGACAAGGGAUGACCUUACCUUCAGCAAAGGCGAGAAGUUCCACAUCCUGAACAAUACGGAAGGUGACUGGUGGGAAGCUCGGUCCCUGAGCUCAGGACACACUGGCUACAUUCCCAGCAACUACGUGGCUCCUGUGGAUUCCAUCCAGGCUGAAGAGUCCAAUCAUGGUGUGGUAGCUGAGGGCAUGGCCUACAUGGAGCGCAUGAACUACAUCCACCGAGACCUGAGAGCAGCCAACAUCCUGGUGGGGGAGCAGUUAGUUUGCAAGAUCGCCGACUUCGGGCUGGCUCGCCUCAUAGAGGAUAAUGAAUACAACCCCCGCCAAGGGACCAAGUUCCCCAUCAAGUGGACAGCCCCAGAGGCUGCCCUCUUUGGCAGAUUCACUGUCAAGUCGGAUGUGUGGUCCUUCGGGAUUCUGCUCACUGAACUGAUCACCAAGGGCCGAGUUCCUUACCCAGGCAUGAACAACCGGGAAGUAUUGGAGCAAGUAGAGCAUGGCUACCACAUGCCGUGCCCUCCAGGCUGCCCAGCAUCCCUGUAUGAAGCCAUGGAGCAGACCUGGCGUCUGGAUCCAGAGGAGAGGCCCACCUUUGAGUACCUGCAGUCUUUCCUGGAAGACUAUUUUAUCUCCACAGAACCACAGUACCAGCCUGGAGACCAGACAUAGCCUGGCUGACUAUCAAUGACCCUCUGGAAGUAUCUACUUGCCCUUGCCAAUCCCCAGGGUUCUCUAGUCCCAGUGCCCCCAGACUUGGAACCCUGUGGAAUCCAAGAAGGCCAGAUGCUCUGAAGCCAUUUUACAGAUGGGGCACAUGGAGGCUAGGCACUCAUCUCUUACCUUGUCUGACCCCAGGCAAUCUACUUUCCCUUCCCACCCCAAAAUCUAGGGCACCCCACUCAUUUUGCAGAUGGAGUGAAUGGAUGCUCAGAACCCAUCUCUCACACAUUCUGACCCCAGGCAACCUAACUUCCCUUCCCACCUAUGCCCCACCCAAAAAUCUAGGGCACCCCACUCAUUAUCAGAUGGAGUGAAUGGAUGCUCAGAACUCAUCCCUCACACACUCUGACCCCAGGCACCAUUUUUCCUGUCCCACUAAGCUCCUCCAUGCUGUUAGCCUCUUUCUUCCAUCUCCUAAAAAUACUCACACUUGGUCUAGUUAUUUAUAAAAUUGUAUUUCCCUUCCUUCACUUUUCUCUCAUUCCUGCUUUCCUACCUCCUGUCAGCCUGCUCCAGCCCAGGCCCUAAGAACUUAAUUACUGCUCUUGGUUCUCUUGGAUUUCUCCAGGUUCCAAGGGCAGGGAACAUCUUUGUCUGACCCUCUUCCUGCAAACUGGAUGCUCUGGUCCAGGCCCAGGUCUGAGGGAGAGAGCUGUGAAGGCUUACCACCUCUCUGUGUAGUGUGUUUAUUCAUUAUGUAAGUCAGAACAAUGAUGUGAACGCUGAGCCAUGGAAAUUCCCUGAGCCAUCUUUGGGGAGGGACGGUAGUCCACAGGAGGUAAACAGGGUAGAUUUGGCUAUUGGGGGGAAGGUGGUAAGGAGUUCCCUCUUACCUACUAAAUUCAAAGUACCCAGUGCAUGGACUUUCAGAACACCCCAAAGUUCCAUUGAUCAUCCACAGGUCAGUUUACCAUGAGUUGAGAAACACAGAAAACAGGCAAUUGGAAGCAGAUGAAUGUGUCUCUGAAUCUGUUUACAGCUAAUUUCUUACCUGAUGUCAGCCAGUUUCCAGCCCAUCACAGGUACACUGGGACAUUGUCUUAGUUUUUUUGUUUGUUUGUUUUUGUUUUUUGAGACA